AUGUGUGGACCGUCCUCAGCACAGGAAGGCGCUGGUGCAGCUGCACAGCCAGCAGAGAAGGCAAAAGAAGGAGGAGCACAAGGACCGCUUCCAGGAGACUCGAAUAAGCCGGAAGAGGAUGUUCACACCGCAAAAGAAAUCGAGGAUUCUAGUCGAACGGUAAGUAAUGUCGUGGAAUAUGUCCAGAGGAAGAUGUACACACUGCUAAAGAGAUCGAAGAUACCAGUCGAACGGGACCGUCCUCAGCACAGGAAGGCGCUGGUGCAGCUGCACAGCCAGCAGAGAAAGGCAAAAGAAGGAGGAGCACAAGGACCGCUUCCAGGAGACUCGAAUAAGCCGGAAGAGGAUGUUCACACCGCAAAAGAAAUCGAGGAUUCUAGUCGAACGGGACCGUCCUCAGCACAGGAAGGCGCUGGUGCAGCUGCACAGCCAGCAGAGAAGGCAAAAGAAGGAGGAGCACAAGGACCGCUUCCAGGAGACUCGAAUAAGGGUACGGACUUUGAUGAUAAGUAG